GCUUCGGUCCGGCCAAACGCCGAAUGCUGCCCGGACCCGACCUUAGGGCGCCCCGCCAACCCCCCCAACCCCUCAACCUCUCACCUCCGGGCGCAGGCGCACGGUUCGCAGUGGUGGAGCUGCGACGGACCAUCGGAAAUCGGCUGCCUGGGUCUGUCUAUGCCCGCAGCGCGCGCUUUGAGUGCAGCCUCGGCCUGGGCCCUGGCUCCCGCGCGCGGCCGGGAAUGACGCUUUCAUAGCUUCUUCCGCGAUGAGGGACACAAGCCCACUGUUCCGGGCGCUGCCACCUGCGUCUUUGUGCUCACUCUAAUUACUUUCUUUUGGGGAUGGUUUCCCCUUAGGGCUUCUGGCCUUGUUCUUGCGCCUGCAUGUUUGGGGCGCCGUUCUGGAACCCUCCUAUAGGAGCGCUGGCCCCACCACGACCUCACCGGUGACUCGCCAUCCACCCCACCAUGAACGGGGUCCUGAUCCCCCAUACGCCCAUUGCUGUGGACUUUUGGAGCCUGCGCCGAGCUGGUACCGCGCGGCUCUUCUUCCUGUCUCACAUGCAUUCGGAUCACACGGUGGGCCUGUCUAGCACAUGGACACAGCCCCUCUACUGCUCCCCAAUCACGGCCCACCUCCUGCACCGUCACCUACAGGUGUCUAAGCAGUGGAUCCGAGCCCUGGAAGUUGGUGAGAGCCAUGUAUUGCCUCUAGAUGAAAUUGGGCAAGAGACCAUGACAGUAACCCUCAUAGAUGCCAAUCACUGUCCUGGUUCUGUCAUGUUUCUCUUUGAAGGAUACUUUGGAACAAUUCUCUACACAGGUGAUUUUCGGUAUACACCAUCCAUGCUGAAGGAGCCAGCCCUGACACUGGGGAAGCAGAUCCAUACUUUAUACCUUGAUAAUACCAAUUGCAACCCAGCCCUGGUUCUUCCUUCCCGACAAGAAGCUACCCACCAAAUUGUCCAGCUCAUUCGAAAAUACCCACAACAUAACGUAAAGAUUGGACUCUAUAGCUUGGGGAAAGAAUCCCUGUUGGAACAACUGGCCCUGGAGUUUCAGACCUGGGUUGUAUUAAGUCCUCGGCGCUUGGAGUUGGUGCAGCUGCUGGGACUGGCAGAUGUGUUCACAGUGGAGGAAAAGGCUGGACGCAUUCAUGCUGUGGCCCAUACAGAGAUCUGCCAUUCUGCCAUGCUUCAGUGGAACCAGACCUACCCUACCAUUGCUAUCCUUCCCACAAGCCGAAAAAUCAGCAGCUCUCACCCUGAUGUCCACAUCAUCCCUUACUCUGACCAUUCCUCCUACUCUGAGCUUCGUGCUUUUGUUGGGGCUCUAAGGCCUUGCCAGGUGGUGCCUAUUGUCAGUCGAAAGCCUUGUGGAGACUACUUUCAGGACAGCCUGAGUCCCAGGCUCUUUAUGCCUCUGAUUCCAGACUCCGUGCAGCAAUACAUGAGCUCUUCCUCUAGGAAAACAAACAUGCUCUGGCUCUUAGAAAGGAGGUCAAAGAGGCCAAGAAUCCAAGGUGUUGUGUUUGAAUCCCCUGAGAAAAGUACUUAUCAGUCUGAAACUGACAGAGACUCAAAGAAGCUUAAGAAAGAAAACCUUUCUCCCUGGACGGAGGACCUUGAGAAGCCCUCCCACCAUUCUCUGCAGGUCAGGAAGCAGUUGUUCCCAGACGUCCCCAGCAAAAAAUGGGAUGAGCCAGACCCAUUCUGCAAAUCCGAGAAGCUGGGGAAUGUAUUGACUGACCCCUUGGUAUCUUCAAUUCACUUACAACCUAUAGAUGAGUUUAUCUCUCCAGAAACCACAAAGGAAAAUGGGUUUCAAUUCUCCUUACUACCUAGGGGAGGUGAUGGUUCACCAGCCAGAGGGAACAAAAGUGACUGGAUAGGCCGUGAUUCUCCCCGGUCUCACAUUAGCAAGACCACCCAUCUUCUAGCUACUGAGUCCAGGGGCCUGGCACUAAAAUACCUUCUGACUCCAGUGAACUUUUUCCAGGCAGGCUUUUCUUCCAGGAGUUUUGACCAGCAAGUGGAAAAAUACCAUAAACCCUUGCUAAAGUACACACAGGAGACUAUGGUAUGAUAGUCCUGUUUGAUCUAGCACUGCAAUUUUGAAAAUGGUGGCUGAUGGCUAGUGGCGAAAGUUUGCCUUAUGCCUUACUUUACAGAAUUCUAUGGGCUCACCCCAGAAUAGCACUUCCUAAAUGCUUGUUUAAGGAGUUCUAGUACCUAUGAAAUCCUUCAUUUUAUAGCUGAUUACAUUAUAAACGUUUCAGUAUACAUAGGCACAUUAAAAGUUCUUGGAAGGCAUAUAGCAACCUAAUCUGUUUAACUUUGUUUAACCUAGUUUUUCUCAAACUUUUAUAAAUACACAUUCCCUUUUUUGGGUGCAGAGAGAAUAUGGUCUGAAUCAAAAAAGGACCAGGAUCCUCCCAUUGUUACUUUGUUUGCUGUGUGCCAUUCCUCAUGUUCCCUCCUCCCUUCUCCCAGAUAAAAGUCCCUAGGUAGUUCAUUUUUUAAAUUAUAAAUUGUGGUGCUGGAGGAUGAAUGGUAGCCCAAGCAGCACAUGCCAAUCCUGAAUGUCACAGACUUGCUGUGACCCUAUAGGUAACUUCCUGUCUGUGUCUAUGGGAAGGAACAGGAAAUGAAGAGGCCUUGAAACAGUAUUGAAAAUGCCACUUUUUGCCUCUUUCAUGAAGGGGUGCAGUUGGUGUCACCAGAAACCCAUCUGGAACAGAGCCAUGUGAGUGAAGUAGGUACCCUUCUCUAGGGCAGUACCUGGAAUGCAGCUGAGCAUUAAAGCCCAGAGUAUAACAAGUCUACUUGCUGCUUGGAGCCACUAACUAUUUGGUUAAAAUAAAGCUACAAAAGGUCAAAUGUGUUGCCAGAUAUUCCUCUGAUUGUUCACAUAGCUGGGAUAUUUUUGCUGCUCCCACCCUCACCCCAACCAUUGAGUUAGAGAGCCAGAGCACACAGCCUGUUUGUUUUAGUAUCCAGGGAAGAGACCAAGGAGCCAGCUGGCUAGACUGGGUAGGGGUGUGCUGUUAUGCCCUGUCCUGCUCAUAAUCUGACAGAAUGCCAAACCAAUAAGUCAGACAGCUGAUACCACAGCCAUGAGGAAAUGUGCUCUGAGAGGGCACAGGAGAGAGCUGGGCAUAUAAAUCAAAAGCUUCAGCAUGGAACCAGGAGCCUCAGCAAUGAAGAAGGCUGUCUUACCCUGGGGAGGAGGGAGGAGUUUGCUGCUUUGAGAGGGAGAAAUGAUGAGUUUAGAAAGCAAAAUAAGGCUUUGCUCUUGGACAAGUUGUACUUUCUGCUCUUUUGUCAGUGACCAUCCCUGUAAUCCUCCAAGGGCCUACUAGGGGCUAGAACAGGCAAGGCAUGUGGUUCAGCAGGAAGCCUGGGCAUUGUCUAGGCUGGAAUCCAGGGCACCAGGCAAACUGCUUAGGGAGACUUACUCAGCUGUAAAAUGGGGACCAAGAUGGCUGGCUCCCCUGAUUGCUAUACUGAUAAAAUAAUUGGUAAGAUUCCUCUAGCUUAGUGUCUGCUACAGGACAGUAUUUCAAAUAUUGGUUCUUGUAGCUGGAAGUAUAGUUCUGGUAGAGUGUACGGUUAGCAUGUUGAAGGUCUUGGACUCUGUCCUGCGUGCCAUAAAAAAAAAUAAAUAAACAAAGUUAAUUCUCAAGCAGGGAGUGGUGGUGCAUGCUUGUAGUCCCAGCACUUGGG